AUGCGACAGGAAGCCAGAAAACAAAUCGCGGAAGAGCUCACAGCAGACAUCCCCUGCAUCUCCGCCGAAAACACUCGUCUGUUAGAGCUCUACCGCGCCCGCGUCUUGCUUGACAAGCCAAUCCGGCUCACGGUUGACAUGCUAACUCUUCCCCCGAACGGCGACCGUCGUGGCUCCCCCUUUCGCACCGCCAACUUCGACCUUGUCAAAAACUACACCAUUUAUCUCGGCCUACAUUCCGCAAUUCGCGAGCUCAACGUGCGCACGGCGAGCGAGGACGCUCGGUGGCUUGAGACAUUUUUGGCGGAGAACGGCCGGCAGUUGAUCCGCCCGUAUGGGGGGGAGCUUGGGGCCGCAGACGAGAUUGUUGAAAAAUUGUUCUCUGCGAGUCCAGCUGUGAGAGAGGGGAGGGGAGGAAUUUUUGAUCCGCAGAGAUUGGCGGAGAUGGUGCUGGAAUUAAGAGCCGAUUGUGCGGAGGAAUGGCUCAAAGCUGUUCAGGGGGCUGAUCAGGACCAGUUGGAUCUUGAGAGGCGACUGUUGGAAGAAGAACUUUAG